UCCUGCAGGUGACUUCGCGGAGUUCCACCGGUCGUACCCAGAGUGGUGCAGCGAAGCGGGCGCGCAGCAUGUACCACAUCUACCCCUCAUGGGGCUACGGUCGCUCCGCAUUUCUGGUUCGGGGUGCGAGGAGGCGCUGUCGUCGGGUUCUUCCUCGGAGUGCGACGAAUCGCACGCGCACGUGCCACAGGAGUUCCCCAUAGAGAUCCUGCCCAACCUCUACCUCGGUAACUCCACCAACAGCGAGGACUGCGACGCGCUCGCCAGGCAUAAUAUAAAGUACGUGUUAAACGUGACGCCCGACCUCCCGAAUACGUUCGAGGCGGAGGGCUGCGGCAUAAACUACCUGAAGAUACCCAUCGCCGACCACUGGAGUCAGAACCUGGCUGUCCACUUCCCCCAGGCCAUACGGUUUAUAGAGGAGGCGAUGUCGGCUCGUUGCGGCGUGCUAGUACACUGCGUGGCAGGAGUGUCUCGUUCUGUGACGGUGACGCUGGCCUACCUCAUGCAGCGACACCGGCUUAGUUUACGGGACGCGUUCGAACUGGUCCGCUCCAGGAAGACUGACAUCGCGCCCAACUUCCACUUCAUGAGGCAACUGCACUCCUUCGAGAGGGACCUGGGACUGCACGACCACUCCGCCAGCCUGAGUAAGGUGCUGGAGGAGCUGGGCGUGCGUGAGAUGCGAGCGCCCGACUCGGGCGUGGGCGCGGACAGUGCGCGGGCCCCGGCCCGGGGACAUCCCGGGGCCCCAGGGGUAGUGGCGGGGAUAGGGGCAUCCCCCGACUCCGGCAUCGAGUUCGACCGCUGGAGCGCCGCGCGAGACACGCCCCAAUGA